UAUAGAGAGAGAGAGAAGAAGAAGAAGAAGGAGAAAACUAGAGUUUGUAGAGAGAGAGGGAGGGAGGGAGCAUUGUUGUCGUCGUUAAUGGCGACUGGGUGGAUAAAGUCAUUGCAUUGCAAGUCGAGAGCUUUAGACGACGUCGUUUCGCAGCAUCAGCUCUUGCCGAACUCCGCUAGCUGUAGAAGGGGAGUUCAGAGCCUGAAGGACGUGGUGGAGACGACGAAAGAGAGGAAGAACAGAAAGCCGAAACCGUCGCCGAAAAAUCCGCGAUCCGUUGCGAGAAUGCCGGAGCCGGGUUCGACGCCGCCGGUUCAGAGGCCCCGGUCCAGCUCGGCCGCGCGGCAUUUGCGUUCCUCGUCGGAGUCCGCGUUUUACCCGACUUUGACCGAGCUGCCGGAGGGCCACCCGUCGAGAAACGUCGUGGAGAUCAUCUUCCACACGAGCUGGUCGCCGAAGAGCUUCUCCGGCCGGGUCGAGAUGCUGUUCAAGGUCCAGAACUUGCCCCGAACCGUAACCCGGUUCGAGGAGUACAGAGAAGCGGUUAAAAACCGGGCCGGUGGGGCCGCGCCGGUCGAGGGCCGAGAAGACCAUGCACGGUGCAUCGCGGACGGGAAUGAGGUGAUGAGAUUUUACUGCCUGGGCCCCACCGCCGCCGUGUACGAAACCGGCGGCACCGCGUGGGGGCUGCACCCCGGCAAAGGGACGGCCAUUUGCACAUUCUCCGGCAGCGGCGCGGCGCAUGAGAGAUCCGGCGGCGGGAGGGGGCGGCGGGCCAUGCUGGUGUGUCGGGUCAUAGCGGGUCGGGUUGGUAAGGAAUUCGGGAUCAACUCGUUGCUAGAAGGGCGAGUUGGGUUUGACUCAGUGAGUGGAGACAGUGGCGAGUUGCUAGUAUUUGAUUCCCGUGCCGUAUUACCCUGCUUCCUUAUUAUCUACAAACUGUAAAAAUACCUUAACUAAAUCUACUUUCAUUUCCUUAGCUUCCAAAAAAAAAAAAAAUCUUUUUUUUCUUCUUA